AUGAUUAUGAUAAACAUAACCACAAUGAGCGGGUUUCUUCUCAUGGGGUUUACUGACAUUCGUCAGCUACAGAUUUUACAUGCAUUCCUGUUCUUGGUGAUGUACGUAUUAACCUUGACAGGUAACCUCAUCAUUAUCAUCAUCACCACUCUGCACCAACAUCUCCAAUCGCCAAUGUAUUACUUCUUAAAGCAUCUUUCCCUUCUGGACCUCUCCUUCAUUUCUGUCACUGUCCCUCAGUCUAUUGACAAUUCUCUGAUGAAUGAUGGCUAUAUUUCUCAUGGUCAGUGCAUGCUCCAGGUUUUCUUCUUCACAUCUUUGGCUUGGGCUGAGGUGGCCAUUCUCACAGUGAUGUCUUAUGACCGCUAUGCAGCCAUCUGCUUCCCACUGCACUAUGAGGUCAUCAUGGAUCCUACUAAGUGUAAGAGGGCUGUGACAGCUGUAUGGCUAAGUGGAGGCAUCUCUGGAAUCUUAUACACAACAACCACAUUCUCUAUCACAUUCUGUAGGGUGAAAAUAAUUCAUCAGUUUUUCUGUGAUGUCCCCCAGUUGAUAAAGCUCUCCUGCUCCAAUGAUUACCUUGGGGUGGUUGGAGUAGACGCUUUCAUGGCUAUGAUGGCAUUGACCUGCUUCACCUCCAUUGUCCUCUCCUAC